GUUGGGCCGCGAAGAGCGAACCGAGUCUUAAAGAGUUUUUAAUGUCCGCCAUGUUGGCCAUGGCGUAUUGAACCAGGGAAAGGGAGCGGAGCUACUGGGAAAAGUAGACCGAGAGAGAUCGACCAAGAUCCGGGCCUUCCCGGCACGGCUCGCCCCGCCAUAUUAGACCUAUAGCCAAUCGAAACCAAACGCUCCGGGAUCACGAAAUAAAACCAUCCAUGACAGCUUUAAUCGGAUCCGUGGUGAAUAUUAGGAGAUCGGAUAGAUUUAUGCUGCAUCUCGAAUUAUAAAAAAAUGAGUAAAUUGUCGUUUCGGGCACGGGCGCUGGACGCUUCCAAGCCGCUCCCCGUCUUCCGUUGUGAGGACCUUCCCGAUCUGCACGAAUAUGCCUCCAUUAAUCGGGCAGUGCCGCAGAUGCCGACGGGGAUGGAGAAAGAGGAGGAAUCGGAGCACCAUCUGCAGCGGGCGAUCUCAGCACAGCAGGUGUAUGGAGAGAAGAGGGACAACAUGGUGAUUCCCGUGCCCGAGGCAGAGAGCAACAUCACUUACUAUGAUUCCCUCUACGCAGGGGAUUUCAAGAUGCCCAAGCAGCUCAUACACAUCCAGCCCUUCAACUUGGAUACAGAACAGCCAGACUAUGACUUGGACUCGGAUGACGAGAUGUUUGUGACCAAAUUGAGAAAGAAGUUGGAGGUUGGGGCGCUGCAGUUUGAGGAGAUGAUUGACCGGCUGGAGAAAGGCAGUGGACAGCAGUUGGUGACUCUGCAGGAGGCGAAACUUCUUUUGAAGGAGGAUGAUGAGCUGAUCAGGGAGGUGUUUGAGUACUGGAGCAAGAAGAGGAAGUCAUGUCAGAGUGGAUCGCUCAUUCCAACCGUGAAACAGGAGAAGCGAGAUGGUUCUAGCACAAAUGACCCUUAUGUGGCCUUCAGGCGUAGAACUGAGAAAAUGCAGACCAGGAAGAACCGUAAGAAUGAUGAGGUAUCAUAUGAGAAGAUGUUGAAGUUAAGGAGAGACCUGAGCAGAGCUGUUACCAUUCUGGAGAUGAUCAAGCGACGAGAGAAGAGCAAGAGAGAAUUGCUGCAUCUCACACUGGAGAUAGUAGAAAAGAGGAAUGGCAUGGCUGAUUUUGGUGGUGAGGUGAUGGCAGAGGUUUUGGCUCAGAGGGCUCUGGAGAAGCCAGUGAUCCCCCUGAUCCCAAUCACCAACAGCAACCAGUACAGACACGCAGAGCAUGAUCGUGACUACAAGAGCAAGGUGGACAAGCCAGAAGUGGUGCGUCAGAAGAGGAAGUAUGAGAAGAAGCCGAAGCCGUUGCCGCUGACUGGCUCUCACCACUCCAGCCCUGCAGCCUUCAACACUAAAGACCUCAACCAAUACGACUUCCCCAGCUCUGAUGAAGAGCCCUACUCACAGCUGUUUUCUGGCUCAUCGGAGGCAGAAGAGGAGAAUGAUCCUGAUGGCGUGUUUGCGUUCAGGAGACGAUCCGGCUGCCACUAUCACGCUGUGCGUGAGGGACAGGCUGGUUCCUGGCAUUGGUCAGACCCUGCAGAGGGAGGUUUAGGAGAUGUUCGCUACCGAUACUCUCUCACCACACUCACAAUACCACGACGAUGUAUAGGGCUGGCACGGCGGCGGGUUGGGAGAGGGGGCAGGGUUUUGUUGGACCGAGCCCACUCUGACUGGGACGCUGUCUAUCAUGGGCUGGACCUGGAUUCCCCUACGUCUCCUGCUCCCUCACCCACCCGCCAGCCAUUUACUACGGAUACCUCACACACCUUCAUCAGUACCUCCUCAUCUGCUUCUGCCCCUUCCUCUUCACCCUCCUCAUCCUCACCCAACCUCUCGCAGAUCCUUCGAAAUAUCAAAGCCAGCCGCUGGAGGCACUUCAGACCCCGACCAGCGCUGCCCAGUGACCCUGACAACCCUCAGCCUGGUUUCGCGCGGAGACCUGGCCGUGGCCAUCUCAUUCAGCCAAUCAACACGCUUGCACGAAGUCGAGCCAACAGCAGAACGCUAGCCCCUCCACCCACGCCUGUGUUCACGGCUGAGCAGUACCAGCAGCAUCAGGAGCAGCUGGCGCUGAUGCAGAAACAGCAGCUGGAGCAGGCACAGCAACAGCAAAGAGCCAACACCAACACACAGAGCUUGUCAUCUAACAUUUUAGACUCUGCGAGUGCGCAAUUUGCUGCUUCUGCACUGGUGAACACAGACCAGCUGAUAGCAGUGAAGAGCAAAGAGGAAGGAAUUCUGGGAGUUGGAGUCAACGGAGUUGUAUCCGCCUCAGGAGUAUACAAGGGCUUGCAUCACACGAGCACAACCUCUGCCAGCCCCACCCCCUCCUCUAACCACCAGUGUGACGCCCCUACCUCCACCCCCAACAACGGAACCUCCUCAGCCAAUCAUCACGUUGGCUCUGCCAGCCCUGCCCCUGCGCAGGCACUAUUAGCUGGGGCUGUGAGAGUAGGCGUGCCAUCGCCAGGGGCAACACUGAGUGUGCGGCAUCUCCAGCGGCAGCUCACAGUCCCGGCCUCCGCCCUCAAACUCGCCGCUAAUGCCAACAGACAGAUCCCGAAAGUCACAACAGGGUCAACUGCCCUCGACAUGGGGACCAGGGAAAACCACGAUCAAGAGAAGCCAACAUUGAACAGUAUAACAGAAAACACAGUAGCCAUGGAGGUUACGUAGCCCCACCAGGCCUGCACCCCCCUUCCUUCUCCCGCCACCCCGACAUUUGGGGCAUCUACUCUAGGUGCUGUGCAUCGUAGUGACGCUGUGUUUCCAUGGCAACAGUUGGGACUUUACUGCAAUGCUUGUCUUUUUUUUCUUUUUUUUUUUGUUACUGUUUAAAAAAAAUAUCAGCAUCUGUAAAUUAUGAGAAGGCAUUUAUUCUAUGUACAGUACUACAUAUUUGUAAUAUGGCCCUUUGUAUAUAACAUUACUUGAAUACAGAAAUUGUUCAUUUGUGAUGUUUUGCACUUGGGGGAAAAAAAUGAGAAAAAAAGGCUAACUGCGACUUUGUUAGAGUGAAUGGUGGGGUGUGUGUAUGUGAGGUAUUGGUUUUUGUGUGCGUGAGAGCGAGAGCGCGAGAGAGAGAGAGAGAGAGAGACAUCACAUGCAUGGUGUAAAAACCUGCUGUUUUAUCUAUUUAUUGUGAGGUGUUUACAGUCUUUUUUUGUUCUUUUUUUUCCCUUUUGUUUUUUUUUUAUUUUUAUUUUUUAUAUAUACACUGUAACCUCUUGGGUUUCCGUGCGUGUGGGUGUGGGUGUCCGUGUGUAACCGUUUUAUGUGAAAGUUUCUUGUGAAAAGAUGCAGGGUUUUUUGCUCACUCGUUCUCUUCCCUUGUUACGUACCACAAUCAGCUCCUCAUCAUAGUCAUUCGUCUCAUGCCAUUCUCAAAGAUCCUGAGACACGUGUCUGAAGCCUCCUACAAACAGCUGCUCCCUCCCUCUUAAAGCACUAUUUUUUUCAUUUUAUAAUUAAUGCUGCUUUUUUUUCCAGACUAAUUUGAGAUUUGGAGAGAAUGGAGUGUUGCCCGAUUUGCUCCUCCUGUGUCUUUUUGAAGACUUGAUUGUAUGGUUCCUGUGUUGUGAGUGUUCAGGCCCUGCGCCUGCCUUGGCUUUUUUUUUUUUUUUUUUUUUGGCUGGUAACUUAGGAUAAAAGGGAGAGGACCGCAGUGAAAUCUCUGUAUGCAUCAUCAUUCCACUUUGUAUGGAAAGAAAGGAAAAAAAAAAGCAAACUUUUUUUUUUUUUUUAUUUUAUUUUCUUUUAAGAAUUCUCCAGAGCCACCAGACGUUGUGGUGCCUUCCUUUGGGAACUGUGUGAGCUCUCUUCCAUGAAGAGGAUGGUACUUCACAAGGCUACUCUGAGUUCUUUUGUAUGUACCAUGAUCUGAAUGCCCAUUACAAGGCAUAAUCAAUCCUUGAGGGUUUUUUUGUUUGUUUUUGUUUUUUUGGUUGGGUUUUGAUGUUCUCCCUCCCUCCCUCCCUCCCUCCCUCCCUAGUCCCACAUGGAAGAUUCAAUUCUUUGAAAAAAAUUGACCACAUAUGAAGAAAAAUGUUCAAUAAAGCCAGGGCAUUAAGUGUUCGACCAGCACAAA